GGUAUUAAACAAUUAUAUGGUGGCAGUGCAGAUCUUCCCAUGGUUGGGGAUGAGAGGGACAGACAGAGAGGUAGAGAGGUUGAAGAAGAGAGAAGCGACAGAUAGAUGGGUUUAAGAGAGGUUUAGGUCUACCAACUGGUGGUUAGGGAUUGAACACAUCAACUACAACAAUGGGUAAGAGGGAGAAAAAGUGUUGAUUUGUGGGUGUUUGGUUUCUGAGAGAAAUUUUUAUUGUAAGGGGAGAGUGUGGCAUGUCUCACGUGGAAAAGAUCGAAUGGUGGAUGGAGAAUAUAUGAAUUUAGAAAAGGGAGAUUAAAGAGAGAGAACAUCAACUUGUAGUUUUUGAAAGGAAACAUGUUGUCUGUUCUUUGGAAUUCUGUGUUUUAUCUUUCAAAUUGUGGUUUUUUAAUUGUUAUAUUUGUUCGAUGAAAAGGGUUUGUUGUUUUGAAUCUCGGGAUUGCGUUGUCUCCAAUUUGGUGUUGUUUUGAGCUUUGCUGCUCCCCACGACAGACACAUCCGUCUCGGGUUUUCAGGUCCUGGUGCAAUAAUUUCUUCACAAGAGCAGGUUGGUGAUGGUCUAUCCUUCAUCGUCAGUUACUUGACUCGGAGGUUCCCGGCGUUGAGGAAGAAGAAAGAUGGCUACUUAUUUCCCCAGUUCGAGCAACCAAAGAGAAGUUAUGCCGACCUUAUACUCUGUGCCUACUUCAUUUCCUGAUGCACCGGUUCUUCCUGGCAACAUGAUGUGUCUGAACUAUGCUUCUUCUGCUAGGUCCUACACAGAUGCCUUGGCUGGAAAUUCUCAGCCACAGCAAAAUUGUGUUGAACUCUCAUCUGUGGGAACUUCUGAGUCCACCCUAUUACAACAAGGAAUUCUAUCAAACUUUUUGGGUUCUCAUUUUGGGGAACAAAACUGUGGUCUAUGGAGGGAUGGGAGGAAUGAGAUGUCAAUCGUACAGCCAUCGGGUGGUCCAACAAACGUACAGCCACUUGGUGAACAGUUAAACAGUGGGGCAGAUGAUCUGGUUCGUAGCUCUGUUGGUGAAGAUUCUCAGAUGGGUCUAGGAACGCAGCUAGGCAUUUUACAGGGUGGACAGAACUUAAAGGGACAGGGAUUAUCCCUCAGCCUUGGGUCACAGAUUCCAUGCGCCAAUCCUAUGCCUUCUUUCCAGUACAGGCAUCCUAACCAGGGUCUCUGUUCAUUCUUGAGCUCUCAUCAGUCAAUAUCAGGUGAUGGUGGCAGAGGGGCCAGCUCGUGUAGAGAUGAGGAGAGCUCUCAAAGCAAACAAUCAAGAAAUGCUGAAUACUUACAACCUGAUUUUCUUGGGGGCAAUCAUGAUGCUAUGAAGAGAGAAGGAUUGAACAACUUUCAAUGCUCAAUGGGCCCCAAACUAAUCCAUUCUGAUCCGUAUCCUUAUGGAAUGUCAGGUCUUCCAAGCACCAUUCCCAACUCCAAAUACCUCAAGGCAGCACAGCAACUGCUUGAUGAAGUUGUUAACGUCCGUAGUGUUCUGAAACAGUCAGAUUCCAACAAACAGCAAAACUUGGGUUUAAAGGGAUCCAAAGAUACUUAUGAGGAACAAAAGGGCGGCACUUCAUUACCUUCCACAGAUGGGAUGCCUUCAAAUCCUCAAGAAUCAUCUACCAAUUCUGCUGAGAUUUCACCUGCUGAAAGACAGGAUUUGCAGAACAAAAUGACAAAGCUUUUGGCUAUGUUGGAUGAGGUUGAUAGAAGAUACAAACAGUACCAUCAUCAGAUGCAGAUUGUGGUAUCAUCUUUUGAUGUGAUUGCGGGGUCUGGGGCUGCUAAACCAUAUACAGCACUUGCCCUCCAAACAAUUUCCCGCCACUUCCGCUGCUUGCGUGAUGCAAUCAGUGGCCAGAUUCAUGCAAUCCGUACAAGCCUUGGAGAACAAGAUAGCAAGGGGGUUGGAAUAUCACGCCUCCGCUAUGUAGACCAGCAGCUCAGGCAACAGAGGGCUCUUCAGCAGUUUGGCAUGAUGCAGCAACAUGCUUGGAGGCCACAGAGGGGCUUACCUGAAAGCUCUGUUUCUAUCCUUCGGGCAUGGCUGUUUGAGCAUUUUCUUCAUCCGUACCCCAAGGAUGCUGAAAAAAUCAUGCUAGCUAGGCAGACAGGCCUGACCAGAAGCCAGGUCUCAAACUGGUUUAUAAAUGCCCGAGUACGACUAUGGAAGCCCAUGGUUGAGGAGAUGUACAAAGAAGAAAUUGGUAACACUGAGAUGGACUCAAAUUCUUCAUCUGAAAAUGCAUCCAAGGCAGUGAAGGAUGAUAAUAAGGUCUCUGAAGAUAGGGGGGAAGAUUUGCAGCAAAGUGUGAAGUCCACAUCUACUGAGGAUUGCCAUACUGGACAAAUCCAAGAUUCAAAGUCUGACGUUUUCCCUGAUAUAGAAAUGUCUGGAUCUGCAGCAGGUGCAGGCCUUCAGGAUGGUGCUUGCGAGAGGGAUGGUACUGACCACGGGGUAAUGAAGUUGGGUGGAGAACCAAGAUCCAGUAUAGAUGAUUGUAGCAGUCUUUUCCAGGAUACACUAGUUCAGUCUGAUAGGAAUGGUGGUGGGAGAUUUAUGGCAGCAGCUGCUGCUUACCAGAUGGCAGAGUUGGGGAGAUUUGGGAGUGGCAGUGGAGUGUCACUCACAUUAGGAUUACAGCACUGUGAUGGUGGCUUACGCAUGUCUGGCAGGUCACCUCACAAUUUUAUCGCCAUAGGAGGGGAUGAGAUGUACAGUGCAACAACUUCUUCUGUGGGGACUGACAUAGCAGAUUACAAUUGCAUGGAUCCUGGGAACCAAAAAGAAAGAUUUAGUUCCUCCCGUCUAUUGCAUGAUUUUGUUGCCUAAGCUUUCCUUGCAUUCUAUGUAGGUAGGUGGAAAUUGUAAUCUUCUUGAGGAAGGGGAAAGAAGAAGACAAAUGAGAGAAAAGAAUAACAAUAGCUGGAAGCUGGUAUCAUCAAUCUUGAUUAAAAAAGAAGCGAUUACGUAAUGUGUGAACAUUCAUUCAUAUGGCAAACACAGCUGUAGUAUAUAUAACAAGAGACUGGUGGAAAAGUAGCAUAUCUGUGAAGGUUCAUAACAUAAUUUUUGUGGAACCCAUUCAAGGAUGUAUCUUGUACACUUAUUUUAGAUUGGUCUUCUAGAGGAGAUCAUCACAUCCAAUGUUAAAUAUUGUGACAAGGAUCAUAAUUGGUUUUUAUUUUUCUUGGUUCCAAAUCCAAUAGUUGCCUUCAUGCUCGUAGGAAUAGGGGAUGUUGAAAUGGUUCAAGAUUGAAAGAUCCAAGACAAGCUUUAUGGGUGGUUCAGGGCUCAGAGUUGUCAUAGCCGCAUCAUCUUGUUCUUGUGCUGAACUAUAUAUAAUAUGGGAGCUCACUGCUCAAUGUAUUGGGGCCACUAUUCUGCCCAUUGCUUAUGUUAUUUAUAAUGUCUCUAGUGGCAUCAAGUAGCAGAAUGGCUGUGGUAUGUACCAUACUGUACUUUGUAAUACAGAAAGGUCUGUGAUAAAAAUAAAACUAUGGCACAAGUAUUUCUUCAGUCUGC